CUUCCUCUCCUCCCUCCACUGUUGGGUCGCCGGUUAACUGUUGGUUGCCUGGCAACGCAUUUAAAGUGAGAAGCUCCGUGGAGUAGUCCUGAAGGUACAAUUCAACACGGGAGGGGUGUGGACCUGGAGGUAGUGUACAGGAGAGGUGACACACGUACACAGCGCUUUGGGGACAGCUUCCAGACGGAGUGUGGACACCGUGCACCAGAGCUGGCUGCUGAGGGAGCCGGCCUGCCUGCCCGGGGUUUAAAGAGCUUUUCUUCAUAGGAUGGGACUGGGGACCGGACGUAGAGGAAUGAAGUCCCCACCUCUUCUUAUUGCCGUGCUCCUAGCAUGUGUUUUCGUUCUUGGAAUAAAUUACUGGAUCACAAGCUCAAGAUGUGUGGAGCUACAGAAUCGUGUGAUGGAACUGGAGGGCAGAGUACGAAGAGCAGCAGCAGAAAGGGGAGCAGUGGAAAUGAAAAAGAAUGAGUAUGAAGACAUGUUGGCUAAACAGAAAAAACAGAUUGACACCAUUCAGUCUUUGCACAGUUCUCAGAUGCAGAAUGUUCAUUCGCAGUGUAAUAGUGAGAAGGAAAGCCUGGUAAACAAUAUUACGACUAAGGACUACGUCAUACAGAAGCUACAAGUACAAAUCAGCGGUCUUCACAGACGUUUGGAGGAGUCUAAGCUGGAAUUCAAGGAACUUCAGGAAAGUCAGACUAAGAAAUUAUCUUAUGAACUGGCACAGUGCAGCAGUAAGAUAACAGAAGUAAAGGAGCAAUGUGACGAGCGGCUUAGAAAAGCAGGUGUGAAAGAUGCAAAUACAGCAAAUGAACACACGGAAAAAACUGUAAUUGAGACUGAAAAACUAAAGCCCACCACAAAACAGCAGAGUAAUGCGCAUAAAGACGAUGACAAGGAAGAAGCGAAAUCCAAAAACAAUCUAAAACCUGCAACAAUUCCACCUUCCAAGGAUGACAAGAAAGAGGUCAUUCCGCCUCCUGAAAUAAAAGAGGAAACCAAUGAUUUGGAACUGAAUGUUGAUGAAAAGAAACCCAGUGCAGCUCUUCAGAAUCCUAAGCAGGAUGACCACAAAGAUGUUGUACAGGAGCCAGGAAAUCAAAUCAACCCUGUACAAGAGCCAGGAAAUCAAAUCAACCCUGUACAAGAUCCAGGAAAUCAAAUCAACCCUGUACAAGAUCCAGGAAAUCAAAUCAACCCUGACAAUGUUAAUGCAGCAGAUGAGGACGAUGAGCCUAAAGUAGAAGAUGCUGAGGACCAAGAUACCAAUAAAGAGAAUGAAGAUGUGGAGAGAGAAAAUCUAAUGAACAUAGAUGGACAACAAGAAGAUGAAAAAGACUUAAAACAGAAUGAACAGGAAGACGAUGCAGAAAACCCCAAUGAGUACAAUGGAGAUGAAGCAAAUGUAGCUGAAUCCGAGGCAGAAAAACAAGCUCAGCUGAAUGACAACAAACCAAACUUAAAAGAUAAUAAAAUCCAAAUUGGAGUGAAUGGACAGGCAGCUGAUCAAGAAGCAGAGGACAACCCAACCUAAAAAUAAGAACUCCCCCCUCAUAUAGACUCUUGAAACUAAAUCGGACUGUUUUGUCCCUUUUUAAGACUUUUGCUGUCAACAAGACAAUUGCAUAAUUCAGCACAAGCAAGUGGGACUUGAAGGAGGUUUUAACUUUUUUUUUUUUUUUUUUUUUUUAUUUAAAACAAUUUUGUAUUGGAGUUUUUGAUAAAGAACCACUAUUGCAGAACAUAUUUUAUUCUGAUAACUAUACUGUAUGUAGGCAGUUUAUACAUACAACCGUAUUCGGUAGGUGGACUGACUCCUUUUUAUCUCCUAUUUUUUAAAGUACAUAAAUGGGAAUAAAUGCUAUCUGCUGUAAGCAUCCCUGAGAGUGUUAUUUAAAAAAUAUAUAUAAAAAGGAAUUUUGAUUAUUGAAUACUAUCAUUACUUUUUUUUUUUAAACGGUUAUCAGACUAAAAUAUUUUUCAGAAUAGUGCUCAACUUUUUUCUUUUAACAGUGAAUGCCUUAUUGUCAAUGAUUUUGAUUUAUAGAAUCUGUCAUCAGCACAUCAUGCAGUUGCCUUAUUCAUUCAUAUUUCCCAUCAGGUUUUGUUUGUGAAGUUACCAGUUCUUCCAAUACCUUACUCCUGUUCCAAGUCAUAGCCAACACCAAUGCAGGUCUUUCCAAGUAAAAUUGGUGAGACUAAAGUAGUGAUCCCCAGAACUGUAGUAUACUGUAUAUAGUAACAAACAACCAUCUUCUGUCUCUCAGGGACUCUAAAGGUGAGAUCUCUGUACACAAGCUCUAUGAGCCACCCAUCUCUUACUGUUAUGAGCGGGUUUUGCUUUGCAUUUUUGAUUAUUCUUAUACAUUGGCUAUUAAUGCAGCUGCGGGAGGGCGAUUUGCUUGGUCAAAAGGUAUGAGAGGGCAGAGUUUAGAACUCGAGUGAUUCCCAAAGAGAAAUAAGUCAUUGGGUCAUUCACUUUGCCCCAGUUUACUUCCAUUACAAAGAUUCAGAGAAGAGCAACACUUUAGUUAGUCAACACAGAAAACUGGGUACUUCCAUUGUUCCCUUGCCAUUAUGCUUAACUCCACUGUUUACUGGGUCAGGGACUCAUCUAUAAAGUCACAACUCCCUUCCUGCAGAUUUGUUUGGGUCAGUGACUCCUUGAGUGGGAGCUGAGAAUGACAAUAACAGCUAGACACACUUUAAGAGCAAUGGCAGUGCAAACCAUUUUGGUUUAAUUAAAGUUGCCAUAAAUUCAGAAACGCACUUUAAGUCUCUUGUUCAGCUUGAGGCUGCAAUUACAAAAAUGUCCCCCUGAUCUGUAUCUGUGAAUAGGGUCCCAGUGGCCACUGCCUUACCUCCUAUUCCCUCUGUUAGCCAUGGUAAAGAAAAAAGGCUCAUGCAGAUCCACACAUAACCAAAGGUAAUAGAAAGUGAGCACGUGUUUAUUGGGUCCCAAUGUUGAAUCUACUUUAAAGUAUUGGAUACUGGUACAUAUAAAAGGUUGUGUUUUGUGCAUGCAUGUGUAGCCGCAACGGCACUCUAGACACCAGCAAAAUAAGUGAUUAGUUUUUAACAUUCACACACUAAAUGAUCAGGGUAUGCAUGCUAAACAUGUUUGCUGUCUUAAAACAUCACUCCAUUCCCCAUUUGUGAAAGAGAAGCCCAGCACUGCACAAUACUACGUAAUUUCACAAAGCCACUUAAGUCAUUUUAAAUAGGUUUGUUUUCUUAUUUAAUUUCUGCAUCAAAAUGUUCAGUUCACAAAAUCUUUAAAAGCUUCUCUUUCCCAUAAAUUGGUAUUUAUCCCAUGAGCUGUUCUAUCUCUACCUGGGAUAACUCCAUUUUCUGCUUUCCUCACUAGACCUUUGUGGAAACUUACUAUGUAAAUACUGUUUUAGGGAACUGAUACUAAUAUGCCCUGAACACCACGUCUGAAAAGACUCAUUCUUUCACAUUACACAUUGGCAGGUCAGUUAGACACCGUGCUAAGCAAAGGUUUCACUGUAUGCCUGUGUUUACUGAACCAUGGCUCAGAAGAAUGUAUCCAGUAAGCUGAACACAGUGAGCUCCUGCUUUUGGCACUUGUAAGGGCUGUUAAUAUAGCUUUGGGCCUAAAGCAGCCUAGUGUUGGACAGUAAAUUAUUAACCAGCAUUCUUUUGCAAUAGCAGGCACCAUAACAUGCUAAUCCAUACCUUCCAUUUGGACACAGGGCUCUUGCUCACCCUGGUAUGACAUGAACUUGGGGUACAUGCAAUGUACAUAUAUACUUUUGUCCAUGUUGCAGUGCCUAUGCAUACACCCCCACAUCAAACAAUGCAAUGAAUUGCUGAAUGUUGUUGUCGAUGGUGUUUAAGCAGCAACCUACAGCAGAGCCGGUAUUUUACAUACCCACCCAGGGAGUGCAUGCUCUCUGGGUUAGUGGGACAGACUGUAGUUAGACUUCAGCCAAUUGGAGCCUAUGUUCUGGCAACUAAAUAGCACCUGCUGUUCAUAUAGAGGACUAUGAUGGUUCAUAUUGUAUUUCCCAGCAUCAAGGUUCAAACCGUGUUGUAUAUAGCCAUUACACACAAAGGUUAUUAUAAUAAAAUAAACUUCACAUUGAAAUUGCCAGCUUUUAUGUUUCACUUCUACAGAAAUAAGUUCACCAAAGCGUCUCUAUUAACAAAAUCCUAAAUGCAUGAUUUUGUGCCUUAAUAUCAAACAUAUGACUGUGUUCCAUGUACUAUGAAUGUAGCUAAAACUUAUUCCUGACCCAGGAUUUGUUCAGGUUAACUGACAUUUGAAAUGCAGGCUAAUUUUCCAAAAUGUUUUAUUUUUUUUUCUUCUUAAAAUAAAAUCAAUUUAUUUGUACUUCUUUAAUAGGAAUAAUUUGUAAUUUUAAAUGGGAUAGUACUGUAUUGUUCAUGGCGUAGGUUAAAUUGUUCAACUGUUUUUAAUUUAUGACCUUUUUUGUUGUAUUUGUAUUAAAAUAGAGAUUACACUCUGAAGCAAUAUGUAUGUCUCAUUUACUUAUGUGACAAGGAAAUGUUAUCAGGGACUUGGAAAUGUCAGUGUGGAAUAAAAUGUUUAAGGCUUCAUGCA